AAUGCUGUUCUUUACUAACUGUAAUAUUGAUUCUCUAUGGAGUCAGAGAGACCUGACGCGAAAUGUUAAUAUUAAAUUCAGCCGCAAGUAUUUGCUAAAGUUAGCUGACGAUGGCCGUCCAAAACAAGUUAUCUCCAAGCUGCAACCUCAAGAAACUGAUGAGCUAUAUCGAUGCACAGCAAAUCCAACCGGCAACCUCGAAGCAGUGCUUAAGAGAGUUGCUCCAACGAAAAGGUCCGCGGACCAGAAGAAGCCUGACGAAGUAGACCACUGGUCAGAAGAUCAAACAAAGCUGUUGUAUGUUGCCGAGCAGUUUUUCCAACCCAUUGGAUAUUCGAAUCCGCUCUUUGAAGAAGCAAAUGACGGCUCCGGCCCAGAGGCGGAAGAGUUCUUUUAUCACGAAAGUUGGGGAGAACAGAUGUCUGAAGUUCGGCAUCCGGUGGCAUGCAUUCUCGACAUAUCUACCGGCAAAAUAGACAUAGUUAACAUUCAAAACGUGUCCGUGACUGAGACUGUGUGGUCCCCCAGCGACGACGGUAUUGUAUUUAUUGGUCUCCAAGAAGAACCGCGCAAGUUAGGGAAGAUGUACUGUUCUAACAGAAGAAGUUCUGUCAUGUACUUCAACUUCCAGCGAAAGGAAUCUAUUGAAAUUGGCACUCCCGGCAAAGCUGUUAGGUCGCCUAUCUUCAACAGAAGCGGUGACACGCUGAUAUAUCUUGAAACGGAAGCGCUCGGCGCACACCUCAAAUCUGAACGUUUGAUGAACUGCGACUGGAAAACGAAAGGUGUUCAAGCCGUCACCGACGUGGUCAGCGAUCCUGCUGGAUUACAAAAUUUCCCUGGUCUCUUCUCAGCACAUCUGCCGAAGCAAUGCUGGUGUAACGACGACAAGCGUGUUAUAUUAGAUUCUGCUUGGGGUGCUAAAACGGAAAUUCUUGUUAUCGACGUCUCGUUACAGUCCGUGACUAAAAUAUCGAACAUAGCAAAAGUCGAAGGGACAUGGACUGCGCUUGGUGUUUGGGAUGAUUAUGUGCUAGCGACGUUCAGCACUCCUGUCGUGACCCCAACUCUUUUUAUCGCGCGUCUCCCAGAGGCAGGACGUGAGUCAGAGAUACAUUGGAUGGAGGUCGAUCGGUGUGGUCCAAGGAGCAAAUAUGACUUCCAAUACAGUUUGCUUGAAUUUCAACGGCCACCAGAAAAAGGCGAAAAUCCGCACGUAAAUACUCGGUAUGAAGGCUUGUUUACUCAUCCAACACAGGGCUCCAACUGGCCAUGUAUUCUUUGGCCUCAUGGUGGCCCACAUACGGUGUCUACUAUCGCGUGGAAUCUGGAGAGCGCCUUCUUUAUGUCUUUUGGUUAUGCAGUCUUGCGACGUACUGAAUUUGGUUAUGUGCCCUGCAGUUCUUCACAUGUUCUGCUUUUAGUUAAUUAUCACGGUUCCACUGGCUAUGGAGAAAAUUUCGUUCGGUGUUUGCUUGGUAACGUGGGACACACAGAUGUCCUUGAUUGUCAGCAUGCACUGAAAAGUGUCCUAGACAAAGAACCUAGGGUUGACCGCAAUGCUUUGUUUCUUUUCGGAGGGUCUCAUGGCGGAUUUCUCGUUCUUCACAUCAGUGCAACCAGUGGCACGGCAUUCAAGGCGUGUGUUGCCCGAAAUCCGGUCGCUAACAUUGCAGCAAUGGUCGACUGCUCGGAUAUUCCUGAUUGGUGUGUCAGCGAAGCGCUGGCGGACGAAGUAGAUUUUCAACACCCUGUCUCCGCCAAAAUGCGAGAAGUUAUGUGGACCAAGUCGCCAAUCGCACAUGUUGAUAAAACUGUGACUCCGACCCUAUUCAUGUUGGGAGACAAAGACCUUCGAGUUCCUGCACUUCAGUGCAAAGAAUACAUUCAUGUCAUGAAAUCAAGAGGCAUUCCUGUCAAAGUUUUAUACUACCCGGAGAAUUGUCACCCGCUCGAUAAGGUCGACGCCGAGUGCGACGUGGCAAUAAACUGCGUUCGCUGGUUAGAACACUACAAGAACCUAAAGUAGGC